AUGGCAAUGGAUUCUUCCUGCCAAGUUGGCGAGUGGACUUGGAUUCGAGCAUUUGGGCAAUUGAUGAAGCUAUGUGACGGUGGAAAUUUACAGGCAAACGGUCUUCAUUCGACAAUCAGGUUCCAUUGGACGGGUAGACGAAUACGAUACAACUCUGAGGAAUCCACGGGUGCUGUCAUGGAGAUGGAGACGUCAUGGGAAUGUCACGGUGCCGUGGAGAUGUCACGGUUGCCAUGA